CAACCGGGGCCUGCGGCGGGGUCGCGCGCGGCUCGGCCGUGCCGGAGCCCGCCGGGAGCGCGCAGGGCCGAGCGGUGCCGAACAUUGCCGAGCUUUGCCGAGCAUUGCCGAGCAUUGCCGAGGCUGCGGGCAGGGAGCGCGCCCGGUGCCGCGCACGCCGGUGCCGCGCUCGGGGUCUGUCGCUGUGUGGGUGUGCGGGUGCCGCGGCGCGGGGCCCGAGGGCAGCGGCGGAGCGCCGGGGCUCGGGGUCGGUGUGUGCCGCAGCUCACCGGACCGUAACCUCCGCCGGCCGUGAGGCGAUCUGGCUGAUUCCAGCCUUCUCUCCCGUUACUGUCGUUGUAGACCGGGCGCUCAUUGUCAGGGAAAGCGUGUGGAUGCGAGAGCUGCCCCCGCGUACGAACCACCCGAAUGUUUUGUGCGAAACAGGUGAUUCAUGGCAGGGGACGUGGAAGGGUUUAGCUCCUCCAUCCAUGACACCAGUGUCUCUGCAGGAUUCAGAGCACUGUAUGAGGAGGGAUUGCUUCUUGAUGUCACACUUGUCAUUGAAGACCACCAAUUUCAGGCCCAUAAAGCACUGCUUGCCACCCAGAGUGAUUACUUCAGGAUUAUGUUCACAGCAGACAUGCGAGAACGAGAUCAGGACAAAAUCCAUUUGAAAGGUCUGACAGCUACAGGCUUCAGUCAUGUCCUCCAAUUCAUGUACUAUGGAACUAUUGAACUGAGUAUGAACACUGUUCAUGAAAUCCUUCAGGCUGCCAUGUAUGUCCAGCUUAUAGAGGUGGUAAAGUUUUGCUGCUCUUUUCUCUUAGCUAAAAUCUGCUUAGAAAACUGUGCAGAAAUUAUGAGACUUCUGGAUGAUUUUGGUGUAAACAUCGAAGGAGUCAGGGAAAAAUUGGAUUCCUUUCUCCUAGAGAAUUUUGUGCCACUCAUGUCCAGACCUGACUUUCUUUCAUAUCUGAGCUUUGAGAAGCUCAUGUCUUACUUGGAUAAUGAUCAUCUGAGCAGGUUUCCAGAGAUAGAGCUGUAUGAAGCUGUUCAGGCCUGGCUACGCCAUGAUAGAAGACGCUGGAGACAUACGGACACCAUCAUUCAGAACAUCAGGUUUUGUUUGAUGACACCAUCCAGUGUUUUUGAGAAGCUACCAAAUGGCCCAAUAGGUACAACUUCAGGAGAGCAGUUGUUCUGGGCAUGCCAGGUUAUAUACCUACAUGUAAAAACAUCAGAGUUUUACCGAUACUCCCGGCAGCUGCGACAUGAGGUUGACCAAGCCAUGAAUUACUUUCAUAGCGUUCACCAACAGCCUUUGAUGGAAAUGAAAUCGAACAAAAUUCGUUCUGCCAAACCCCAGACUGCAGUAUUUAGAGGAAUGAUAGGACACAGUAUGGUAAACAGUAAAAUUCUUCUGUUGCACAAACCGAGGGUCUGGUGGGAACUAGAGGGUCCUCAAGUACCUUUACGACCAGACUGCCUUGCCAUUGUGAAUAACUUCGUGUUCUUAUUAGGUGGGGAAGAACUGGGGCCAGAUGGUGAGUUCCAUGCUUCAUCCAAAGUGUUUAGAUAUGACCCAAGACAGAACACUUGGUUACGAAUGGCAGACAUGUCUGUGCCACGUUCUGAGUUUGCUGUUGGAGUGAUUGGCAGGUAUGUUUAUGCAGUGGCUGGGAGAACCAGGGAUGAAACGUUUUACUCCACCGAGCGGUAUGAUAUUACUGAAGAUAAAUGGGAAUUUGUGGAUCCCUAUCCAGUCAAUAAGUACGGACAUGAAGGGACUGUGCUUGGUAACAAGUUGUAUAUCACUGGUGGAAUUACAUCAUCUUCAACUUCUAAGCAAGUGUGUGUGUUUGAUCCCAGUAAAGAAGGGACAGUAGAGCAGCGAACACGGAGAACUCAAGUAGUCACUAACUGUUGGGAGAACAAAUGCAAAAUGAAUUAUGCCAGAUGCUUUCACAAAAUGAUUUCUUACAAUGGUAAGCUUUAUGUCUUUGGUGGUGUCUGUGUGAUCCUGAGAGCUUCCUUUGAAUCUCAAGGAUGUCCAUCUACAGAGGUUUAUGACCCCGAUACCGAUCAAUGGACUAUAUUGGCUUCUAUGCCAAUAGGUAGGAGUGGUCAUGGCGUAGCUGUUCUGGACAAACAGAUAAUGGUUCUUGGAGGCCUUUGUUACAAUGGUCAUUACAGUGAUUCCAUUCUCACUUUUGAUCCAGAGGAAAACAAAUGGAAAGAAGAUGAAUAUCCAAGGAUGCCGUGCAAGCUGGAUGGCUUGCAGGUCUGCAGCCUGCACUUCCCUGAGUAUGUUUUGGAGCAUGUUAGACGUUGCAGCUAAAAGAGAAUGAACAACGCAGUCAAAUACAAAAGAGCUAUACUAAUUUGUUGAAAAAAAUUACAAACCAGUUAAAUUCCUGCAGAGACAUUUCCUUGUGUGUAAGAACAAUGGUUAACUGCUCAAGAGAAACAGGAUGUACAGGGAGUGUACUUACAAGUUCAUUAGAAAAGGUGAUAGUUGGUCUGACCUUGUGAAAGCUCUGUUGUUUUUUUUUUUUAAUAAAUGUAAUUGUAAGUAUGAGAAAAAAUAUAUAUUUUUGAGUCUGCUUUUUUUGGUAACGUUUUAUGUCCACAAUGUGUUCUGGUUUUUUUAAUGGCCAUUAUUCCACUAUGCUUUUGAAAUAAGUUGAAUUUGACAAAAUACUUGUGAAAGGAAGAGAAGAAAGAUGUUAUUUUCAUUUUUUACUGAGCAUCAAAAUACAGCUCAUCACCUGUACUUGGGUACAACCAGGUAUAAAGGAACAAGCUAACCAUUUCUGUAUUUUAUGUUGUCUUUUAGAUGCUUUUCCUAUUAACUGCAAAGUACUGUCAAAUCUACUAAGUGUUUUUGUUUUCCCUUAUUUACUUUGGAAAAGAAUUUUAACCCUUUUGCAUGACUGUUUUCCUGGUUUUGUAUAGUUGUACGAGUAAGUCUGCCAAAAUGCAAAUUACACAUUUUCUACUAAAUUGAAAACAAAGCAUUUUUAUAUUCAAAACACUAUUUCUAUGCUGCCUUCUAUUGUCUGUGUUGUGUUUGUUGGUGAGUAAAAAAAUGUAUACACACAUGUGCAUACACUGUAAAAACUGUAUAUAAAUGCAUCUUUUUAUGUGCAGUUACAAUAUUCUAUUUUAACUAGUGCACAGAUUCAGCCAUAUCUGUUGAAUUUAGGGUAUUCUUUCAUGAGCUAAAUAGUUCAAAGUUCUUAAGUGAAACUGGAAGCCUCAUUUGGUAUCAAAGUAUCUUUAGUAUAUACUGAUUGAUCCAGUAAACUUCAACUCUUUAUAUUGUUGCUACA